AUGUUGUGCGCAUGUGCAUGAGCGUGCACUGUACCACCACCUAUUAUCAAUUUCCCUCAUCAAGCUACCAUAUCGUUGGAAAUAGUUAACACUAGCGUUGCCGUUUUGUACACAAAUACGCCGUACUGUGAUUGUCCAAUUCUUAAACGUGCAGCUUUGUUUUGCGGCACUCUGCAUCAACAAUGACCAGCAAACCGUCCGGCAGCGGCACCAAUAGCAGCAAUGCUAACAUCAGCAUCAAUGACAUCAACCUGGAGGCGCUGAACCUCACCGAAGGCAUUCGCGAUUCGCCUGUCUGCAUCAUUGUGCUUGGCAUGGCCGGAUCGGGCAAAACGACUUUUACGCGGAGUUUAAUCGAGCACGCUCAGAAGCAGUUUAAUCCGUAUGUCGUAAACUUAGAUCCCGCCUGUCGUGAGGUUCCCUAUGCAGCGCAUAUAGACAUACGCGACACUGUCAACUACAGAGAGGUAAUGAAACAGUAUCAGUUAGGCCCCAAUGGCGGAAUCGUGACUGCGCUCAACAUGUUCACCACCAAGAUGCCGAAAUUUGCGGAGCUGGUUCGACGCGCCGGUGAGCGUGGCCACAAAUGGUGCAUCAUCGAUACGCCUGGCCAAAUCGAGGUGUUCACCUGGUCGGCAUCAGGAAGCAUCAUCACUGAAGGGCUCGCCACCAUGUUUCCCACGAUCGUUGUCUAUGUUAUGGAUGUUGUGCGUUCCAGUUGCCCCACGACAUUCAUGUCUAACAUGUUGUAUGCCUGUUCCAUACUCUACAAAACGCGACUGCCCUUUCUGAUUGCGCUCAACAAGAUUGACCUGAAGGAUUGUAGCUUUGUGCAGGAGUGGAUGACCGACUUUGAGGUGUUCCAGGAUGCGCUGGAAGAGGAGCACAGCUAUGUCAACAAUCUGACGCGCACCAUGUCGCUCACACUUGACACAUUUUACGAGAACCUUAUCACAUGCGGUGUCUCUGCCAAGACGGGCACCGGCUUUGCAGACCUCAUCAAGCAUAUACUCGACUGUGUAACCGAAUACGAGCGCGACUACAAGCCGGUCUAUGAGAAGAUGCGGCUGCAGCGCCUUGCCGAACAGCAGUCAAUUCCACUGCCAGCCGCUAGCAUCGAUGAGGCGGGCACAGCUGUUCCCAUGGGCCUCGAUCUGAGUGAUCCAAAGACCAAUUCAGAUAAUAGUGUAUAUCUUAUGGCACCGAGCCUGGUGCCGGUGCAAAUGGACGCCGAUGAGGAGCUGGAAACCGAUGCCAAGAACAAAACAGAAGAACAAAACUUCCAAAGCUUCGUCCAGAAUCAUUUGACGGCACAGCAAAAUAAACGCGACAAACAGCAGCGCGAGCAGCAGGAGCAGAAAUCUUGAAAGUGAUAAACUAUGUUCAUUAUUAACACCUAGAUCUAAGCCGAAGCAAAGUAUAGAAGGUUUACAGUUCUACAAAUAAAUGUACAUAGUUACCAAAUUAUA